AUGGUUGCUGACCAGUGCCAGCCUGACUCAACAUAUCAUCAUCACAUCAUAUCAUCAUCACAUCACAUCAUAUCAUCAUCACAUCACAUCAUAUCAUCAUCACAUCACAUCACAUCACCAUCACAUCACAUCACAUCAUCAUCACAUCACAUCAUAUCAUCAUCACAUCACAUCACAUCAUCAUCACAUCACAUCAUCAUCACAUCACAUCACAUCAUCAUCACAUCACAUCAUAUCAUCAUCACAUCACAUCAUAUCAUCAUCACAUCACAUCAUAUCAUCAUCACAUCACAUCACAUCAUCAUCACAUCACAUCACAUCAUCAUCACAUCACAUCACAUCAUCAUCACAUCACAUCAUAUCAUCAUCACAUCACAUCAUAUCAUCAUCACAUCACAUCAUAUCAUCAUCACAUCACAUCAUAUCAUCAUCACAUCACAUCAUAUCAUCAUCACAUCACAUCAUAUCAUCAUCACAUCACAUCAUAUCAUCAUCACAUCACAUCAUAUCAUCAUCACAUCACAUCAUAUCAUCAUCACAUCACAUCAUAUCAUCAUCACAUCACAUCAUAUCAUCAUCACAUCACAUCAUAUCAUCAUCACAUCACAUCAUAUCAUCAUCACAUCACAUCAUAUCAUCAUCACAUCACAUCAUAUCAUCAUCACAUCACAUCACAUCAUCAUCACAUCACAUCACAUCAUAUCAUCAUCACAUCACAUCACAUCAUCAUCACAUCACAUCACAUCAUCAUCACAUCACAUCACAUCAUCAUCACAUCACAUCACAUCAUCAUCACAUCACAUCACCACCACAUCACAUCACCACCACAUCACAUCAUCACCACAUCACAUCAUCACCACAUCACAUCACAUCACCACAUCACAUCACAUCACCACAUCACAUCACAUCAUCACCACAUCACAUCAUCACCACAUCACAUCAUCACCACAUCACAUCAUCACCACAUCACAUCACCACCACAUCACAUCACCACCACAUCACAUCACCACCACAUCACAUCACCACCACAUCACAUCACCACCACAUCACAUCACCACCACAUCACAUCACCACCACAUCACAUCACCACCACAUCACAUCACCACCACAUCACAUCACCACCACAUCACAUCACCACCACAUCACAUCACCACCACAUCACAUCACCACCACAUCACAUCACCACCACAUCACAUCACCACCACAUCACAUCACCACCACAUCACAUCACCACCACAUCACAUCACCACCACAUCACAUCACCACCACAUCACAUCACCACCACAUCACAUCACCACCACAUCACAUCACCACCACAUCACAUCACCACCACAUCACAUCACAUCACCACCACAUCACAUCACAUCACCACCACAUCACAUCACAUCACCACCACAUCACAUCACAUCACCACCACAUCACAUCACAUCACCACCACAUCACAUCACAUCACCACCACAUCACAUCACAUCACCACCACAUCACAUCACAUCACCACCACAUCACAUCACAUCACCACCACAUCACAUCACAUCACCACCACAUCACAUCACAUCACCACCACAUCACAUCACAUCACCACCACAUCACAUCACAUCACCACCACAUCACAUCACAUCACCACCACAUCACAUCACAUCACCACCACAUCACAUCACAUCACCACCACAUCACAUCACAUCACCACCACAUCACAUCACAUCACCACCACAUCACAUCACCACCACAUCACAUCACCACCACAUCACAUCACCACCACAUCACAUCACCACCACAUCACAUCACCACCACAUCACAUCACCACCACAUCACAUCACCACCACAUCACAUCACCACCACAUCACAUCACCACCACAUCACAUCACCACCACAUCACAUCACCACCACAUCACAUCACCACCACAUCACAUCACCACCACAUCACAUCACCACCACAUCACAUCACCACCACAUCACAUCACCACCACAUCACAUCACCACCACAUCACAUCACCACCACAUCACAUCACCACCACAUCACAUCACCACCACAUCACAUCACCACCACAUCACAUCACCACCACAUCACAUCACAUCACCACCACAUCACAUCACAUCACCACCACAUCACAUCACAUCACCACCACAUCACAUCACAUCACCACCACAUCACAUCACAUCAUCACCACAUCACAUCACAUCAUCACCACAUCACAUCACAUCAUCACCACAUCACAUCACAUCAUCACCACAUCACAUCACAUCAUCACCACAUCACAUCACAUCAUCACCACAUCACAUCACAUCAUCACCACAUCACAUCACAUCAUCACCACAUCACAUCACAUCAUCACCACAUCACAUCACAUCAUCACCACAUCACAUCACAUCAUCACCACAUCACAUCACAUCAUCACCACAUCACAUCACAUCAUCACCACAUCACAUCACAUCAUCACCACAUCACAUCACAUCAUCACCACAUCACAUCACAUCAUCACCACAUCACAUCACAUCAUCACCACAUCACAUCACAUCAUCACCACAUCACAUCACAUCAUCACCACAUCACAUCACAUCAUCACCACAUCACAUCAUCACCACAUCACAUCAUCACCACAUCACAUCAUCACCACAUCACAUCAUCACCACAUCACAUCAUCACCACAUCACAUCAUCACCACAUCACAUCAUCACCACAUCACAUCAUCACCACAUCACAUCAUCACCACAUCACAUCAUCACCACAUCACAUCAUCACCACAUCACAUCAUCACCACAUCACAUCAUCACCACAUCACAUCAUCACCACAUCACAUCAUCACCACAUCACAUCAUCACCACAUCACAUCAUCACCACAUCACAUCAUCACCACAUCACAUCAUCACCACAUCACAUCAUCACCACAUCACAUCAUCACCACAUCACAUCAUCACCACAUCACAUCAUCACCACAUCACAUCAUCACCACAUCACAUCACAUCACAUCACCAUCAUCAUCACAUCACAUCACCAUCAUCAUCACAUCACAUCACCAUCAUCAUCACAUCACAUCACCAUCAUCAUCACAUCACAUCACCAUCAUCAUCACAUCACAAUCACAUCAUCAUCACAUCACAUCAUCAUCACAUCAUAUCAUCAUCACAUCAUAUCAUCAUCACAUCAUAUCAUCAUCACAUCAUAUCAUCAUCACAUCAUAUCAUCAUCACAUCAUAUCAUCAUCACAUCAUAUCAUCAUCACAUCAUAUCAUCAUCACAUCAUAUCAUCAUCACAUCAUAUCAUCAUCACAUCAUAUCAUCAUCACAUCAUAUCAUCAUCCUCAUAUCAUCAUCCUCAUAUCAUCAUCCUCAUAUCAUCAUCCUCAUAUCAUCAUCCUCAUAUCAUCAUCCUCAUAUCAUCAUCCUCAUAUCAUCAUCCUCAUAUCAUCAUCCUCAUAUCAUCAUCCUCAUAUCAUCAUCCUCAUAUCAUCAUCCUCAUAUCAUCAUCCUCAUAUCAUCAUCCUCAUAUCAUCAUCCUCAUAUCAUCAUCCUCAUAUCAUCAUCCUCAUAUCAUCAUCCUCAUAUCAUCAUCCUCCCACAUCUCCAGGCAACAAAAGGAAGUACCAGAAGUUUAA